AUGGUGGUCGUCGACGAUGAAGAGGUUGGGCCUUUUUUAAACAAAAAAAGAUUCAUUAUAAAAAAAAAGUCCGACUUUCGAAAUUACUAAUUAGCUUUGAGAAAAGAUACUCCUUCAAGCAGGAAAGUCGGGGCUGUUGUGACGUUUUCUGCGCGCUGGCGCAGCUUUGCGGUGUCUUUUGCUACAUAUCGUGUCCGCCGGUCCCAUCGAUCAUCACUAAUAAAUUGGCCUUUCAUCCGCCCAAAAAAGUUCUCUUUUUCCUGGCAUUGGUCAUUGACGAGUUGAGGGAGUUACGUACCAUCUGAGGUCGAAGGAGGAACCUGAGAAGACGAUCAACAGCGCCGUCGAGGUCAACGACGAGAACUUCGAGAUCGUCGUCCACAGCUUGCACGCUUCUCACCACACAGAGUUUCAGACUCCUUCUGAAAAUAUUGAGGUUGGAGAACGGAGAAAAAGCUGCAAAACGUAUAGUCUUUUCGAUCUUUGAAACUUUUGUCGAGGAAGUAGUGUAUGCAAUGAGAAACCGAAUUUUAAUCAUAAUGGGGAAUUCGAUAGUUUCCAAAAUUAAUUAUUACCACAUUGAAAAUACUGUUCUAUAAUUAUUCUUAGCAACCAUAUCUGGACUCGAACAAUCAUGAUAGGAAAAGUUGAAGGAACUUAAACAAAAAAAAUUCACCUGGGAUUUUUCAUGCGUUCACUGUGACAACUGCAUUCAAAAACCAUCUUGUGUGCGUACGAAGUCGGCCUUUGAAAAAGACCAAAGAUGCGAUUUUGGCUCAGCAGGUCCUACAUCUCGAAUGUCUAUGAUGCAAAUGAUUUUCACAGGUUCUUCUUUUUUGUCAACCCAAUUCUUCGGAUGUCGGAGGCUUUCUGCAGCCGGUUCUCAUGAAUCUUGUCAACUUUGCACAGGUUUUCGAAAUGGACGUUUACGCCUUUGAUUAUUCGGGGUAAGUGAGCAAGCACGAGAUCUCAUGAAGCUUGGAUCUACAGAUACGGCUAUUCUACUGGGAGUCCUUGUGAGAAGAACAUUUACGCGGAUGUGCGAGCUGUUUAUCAGCACAUCAGAGAAAAAAGACCGGAGAUGAAAGUUCAGCGGAAAAAAAGUUAGAAGUCAUGUAAUGGAGAAUCUUCAGAUCGUGUUGAUGGGGUUCAGUAUAGGAACGACGGCUGCUGUCGACUUAGCUUCAUCUAAUCCGGACGGUUGGUUUCGAGUUGUUUGAAAAGCUACAAAAUGAGGCUAUGAUACUUCAGGACUCGCUGGCGUGAUUUUGGUCGCUCCUUUCACCAGCGGACUUCGACUGAUGUCCUCCAAGCCGACCAAGAAAAAAUCUUGGUGCGUAGAUUCCUUCCGCAGGUUCGUUUUUGUAAGCUUUAAAAAGCUUCAUGGCUGAUUUUCUUCUUUUUUCACAAAACGAAAGAGUCUAGCUACGACAAAGUGAACAAGAUUAAUGCCCGCGUUUUGAUUUGCCAUGGGGACAAAGACGAGGUUAUACCCAUAGAACAUGGAAUGGCACUUCAUCAACGUCUGAAAAACCCAGUGAGCAUCCAUUGGAGGUAUGGUAUUGUUAUAUAAUUUUUGCUGUUUUCAGGUUACGGUUUCCAUAAUUCACGGGGCUAAUCAUCAAACGAUUUUGAGUGGUCGAUAUUCACAAACAUUCACUCGUAUAUUCAGGUUUCGGAAAAGAGCGAAUAUGCAGCUAGUUUUAUUUUCAGGUUUUUGAAAGACGAAACAGAAGUGAAUGGAGGCAACGAAACGAUAGAGUCUAUUUCAGGAAAUCCUCCAACUAACCCCAACUUUUCAAACAGUGCUGGCUGUCGAGAUCAAUGA